AUGGCUAUACAGACCUCAUCUAGGCCCCGCGACGUCGGUGGCAGCUUCGCAAGUCGUCGCGGUCACGCCAGCCAGCUGUCCAUUUCUGACUCGAGCCACCACAUUACCGAAACCAUCGGAACCCUAUAUGGCGAUGACGAUGAUUAUGCAAAUAAUGAUGCACGGCCCUUGAGCUGGAUCUCCAACGCUUAUGGCGGUGAACAAGUUCCGAAGCAGCAAGACGAACCCCCCUCCCCAGAAGACCAACGUCUGCGACUAGUACGUUCAAGAUCCGACAAGUCAGAAGUCUCAGCCGCCUCGGCGCCAUCUGCAAAUGGAACAUCAAAGAAGUCUCAGGUGGGGCGAAAGCCCAGCCAGAGGAGCGACGGCAGCCCAAGCUCGCCAAUGUCUCCGACUCUGCAAGACAUGAGAGAAGAGGAGGGCUCCUCGCAGUUUCCUUUGGGCAAUAUCGAUAACCCAAAUGACAUCGCCCAGGAGCUCAGCAACCUGCAGGCCCUACGGCGCAUGUCGAUGGAUGUGCCUAACAGCCACGAUCCUGAUCUGCCGUUCCAGAACUUUUCGCUCAUGCCCAUGCCUUCGAUUGCACCCCAAGGGAACGACGACGAAGGCGACCCGUCACGGUUGCUAUGGGUGCCGGCUGGCGUACACCCCGAGCUCGCCCCGACUGAGUUCAAGAACUUCUUGGAAAAACGCGUUCAGUCCAUAAAGAGGAGGUCUGGUGAAUCUACCCUCUCUGCUGAUGGAAUGGAAAGGAGCAAUUCGAGUGCGCUCAGGCGUAAAAAGUCAAUGCUCUCAAGGCAGAUUGAUAACGUGGGCGGACGUGGUGCGGAUGGCUACAUGGAUGGGGCUGAUAGGCUGGAAAGGGACAAUUCGACAUACGCGACCCCAGAACUGAGCCUCGAUGAGCUUGUGAAGGAUCCUUCCAAAGCGGUGCAGAGGCUUACUCUAGAAACUGGCGGCGAAGGCGGAGCUGAUGACAUGCCCAUCUUACCAGUUGCACCUGGCAUGGGUCUUCGUCGUUCAACUCGCACUACAUACCGGAAAGGAGGCAGUUUGAAAGAUCGCCAUGGCGGCGGGACUAGCAAAUCCAGUAGUGACCGUCUCCCAUUCUCACAACGUAUCGUUUCGCGGAGAGCAGAAGAGGAAUUUAGCGACUCAUCACCAAUAACCGAAUCUCCCAUCCAGGCCCCCCAAGGAUUCGGGUUAACUCGAGUACAGUCCGAGCCCGUUGGCGAAAACUACUCAAGGCCAACCCGAUCAAUACGAAAGCAGCCAUCAUUCACUCGAGAACCUGGCAACACGUCACUUGACGGUGCUCAAGAUGAAUAUCAGGAAUACUCAAGUCGACCUGCAGAGCCGAGGCGGAUCCCAUCCGGCGACUCAGUCCGAGCCUCUCCCCCCGUCCCACAAAUCGUCGAGACUCUCGCGAAGGACGAGGAGCCCUCUCCUGUACAACCUCCGCAGGCCCGACCAUACCCUGAAAGAUCUUCUUCUCAAAAGGGUAUUGUUCAGGCACAGAUCCCAGAAGAGCCCCCGGCUCGGUCAAGUCGACGUCCUGCCUAUGGACAGAGCGCGCAAUCCGCUCCUCAGCCUCAGAAUCCUCAGCCGCCCCAGCAGCAAUCCGCUCCCAAGUCACAACAAAAUAUGCGAGCACAGGGAGCCUCGAACCAGUCACUCAACGAUAUGGCACAUCACCCUUCGCCAUUGCCCGGAGGUGGUGCUGGGAGAACCGACAGUCUGACGUUCAUUCCCACCUUCUCGGCCGAGGAAAAGAAGUCAGAUAAGAAGAGCAAAAAGGAGAAGAACGAACCGGAAAGCACAACCUCGAAGCCUACGUCAUGGAAAUGGUUCAAGAGCGACGACAAGGAUAAGAAGAAAAAGGAGGAAGAGAGCAAGAAAGCGAAAUCCAAAGGGUCUGUGGAAAAGGUUCAGGACAAUGUGCGGUUAGAUGUCUUGCAAACCUCGAUCGACACGGUGAACAAGAAAGGCCGGGAAAGCUUGCUGCUCGAUCGCGAUAGCGCUGAUAACAAGCUCGAAGAAGAGAGAAAGAAGGAAGGCGGGCGAAAGUCGGGAGAACAGAAAAAGGAGAAGGAUGGCAUAUUUUCCUCCCUCUUCGGCGGCGGCAAGAAGAAAAGUGACAGAGAUUCUGGCAGCAAGAAAACCCACCUUGCCCAACGAUCUCUGUCUCCAGACCCAAUUCCUUAUCGAGUACUUCGACCCGAUGUCGACUACCACUGGACCAGAUUUCCUAUCCUGGAGGAACGGGCCAUCUACCGUAUGGCGCACAUCAAGCUGGCUAAUCCCCGCCGUGCGCUGCACAGUCAGGUUCUACUCAGCAACUUUAUGUAUGCAUACCUCGCAAAGGUCCAAGCCAUGCAUCCUCAGAUCCAGGUGCCACAGUCGCCUCAACAGAAGCGACUGCAAGAAGAGGAGAGAAGGCGACGCGAGCAAGAACAACAAUACAUGGAGCAGCAGCAAGCGCAGGACAGUAUGGAUCGGUACAACUUUGAGUACCAUCGCUCAAACAAUCAGUAUGGUGGAGAGCCAGGUUCACAGCAUGAAUCAGGGGAUUACCCUGAGGACGCAGAAAUAUACGACUACGGACACGGCAAGGAUGACCGUGGCAACAACGGCAUUUAUCGAGACGACCGCCGGCGUGACGAUGAAGAAGACGAGAUGUGGUAG